CUGCUGGCUUUGAUGUCCCCAUGAUGUGCCCACAAAUCUCCAGAACUCCUCAUCUCUACUGCCUGAUGGGGCUGAUAGAAGAACAUGGAGAGGGGCAGCCCAAGCAUGAAGAUGACCAAGGAGGAGAGUCUCCCAGAGAAGUGGAGAAGUCCUUGGAGCCUCUGCAGAGAAGCAGGAAACCAGAGUUCCCCAUCUGGCAAAAGAUGCCAUUCCACCAUGUAACGGCUGGCUUGUUGUACAAGGGGAACUACCUGAACCGGUCGCUCUCUGCUGGCAGUGACAGCGAGCAACUAGCCAACAUCUCUGUGGAGGAACUGGAUGAAAUCCGUGAAGCCUUUCGGGUGCUGGACAGAGAUGGGAAUGGCUUCAUCUCCAAGCAGGAGCUGGGCAUGGCUAUGCGCUCUUUGGGAUACAUGCCCAGUGAGGUGGAGUUGGCAAUUAUCAUGCAACGUCUUGAUAUGGAUGGGGACGGUCAGGUUGAUUUUGAUGAAUUUAUGACCAUUCUUGGACCUAAACUGGUGUCGUCAGAAGGGAGAGAUGGUUUUCUUGGAAAUACAAUAGACAGUAUAUUUUGGCAGUUUGACAUGCAGAGGAUAACACUGGAGGAGCUCAAACACAUCCUGUAUCAUGCAUUUCGGGAUCAUUUAACAAUGAAGGACAUUGAAAACAUCAUCAUCAAUGAAGAGGAGAGUCUAAACGAAAACUCUGGCAACUGCCAAACAGAGUUUGAAGUGCACUCCCAGAAACAGAACAGACAGACCUGCGUACGGAAGAGCCUUAUAUGCGCCUUCGCCAUGGCCUUUAUUAUAAGCGUCAUGCUGAUUGCAGCCAAUCAGAUCCUCCGAAGCGGCAUGGAGUAGCCACUCACCAUAACACUGUGAACCAAACUAACCAUGCAUGCGCAUGCCAACGGGUGAACUUUUUCCUCAAUCAACUCUGAAAAGGGAAAGAAAAGAGGCGAGCAGGAAGAUAAAGAAACACUGGACAAGGAACCCGAGGCCAGCAGUGUGAUACGUCUCUUGGCAGGAACAUAAAAGGGCUGUCUUAAUGCUUUAAUGGUUUUGUUUCCUAAUGCAAUAAAAAUACAGGAGUCCUGAAUUAUUGCUUCGCAACGGCAAAGGUAACUUGGCGAAGGACGCACUUUCAUCCAGAGUUACAUAUAUUACAAUUCUGAAGAGGCAUGGCCUCCACAAUCUUCGUGCGGCUGUCGAACCUCGGGGCCAGCAGACUCUAUUCAAGUAGCUUUCCAGCGGUCCCACGUCCCCAGGGGCUUGACCAUAGAGUAACUCCAAGCAAAUACAAGUUGUUUUCUUUCACGUAUUUUUGACUUCACUUUGCUUUCCCUUAUGACCAUGCCUUGAAGAGUACGGCAUCAGAGGGGAGCCCAAAAGCUCUUGUACAGUAUUUUCAGAUGACAAAAGCAUCACGCAGCUUUUAUAUUUUUGUUUCUGAAACCGCCUUUGACGCAAGACUAGGGGAGAGGGAAACACUGGUCCAUUUACAACAUUUUUCUGUUUCAAAUCAGGACUUUAAAAACUCCCCCUGCUUUAGCACGUGGGCAUUUUGAAAAGCUGUGCACAGUCUUCCUACUGCAUCUGCAACCAGCAGCAUCAAAUUAAAGAUUGUAUUGGCUCCAUCUGUGCCUCAGAUGUCACUGACUUGCAUCAGCCAUUUCUUUGCCCUUGCUCUAAUUUGGUCUUGUGCAACGUUAUCCAUCACUAAAAAACUUUCUGCUGUUGUUUCUCUCUCGCUUUUUUGA